GUUUUGUUCACCAUCAUGCAGACGGAUGACAGAGGUGUGUCAUUGUGGUGCGAGGAAACAGAAGAGGACUACCAAAGUCAGAGCACCAAAAGAGCAUCGGAGUCGAGAGGCCUCGGGGUUCCACUGCGAGCCGCCUGGGACCCGUCUGUGUCGGGGAGGCGUGUGAUCCAGAGACUGCUUCACGUGGAGGAACGAUACGCGCCCACGCAGCUCUACGUUACUCUGAUUCAGCAGGAGCCCGAAAGACGCGAGGAGCUGGCCAAGUGGACACUGGAGGUGUGCUACGAUUGCGGCUGCGACGAGGCCGUGUUCCCUCUAUCCGUUUCCCUGAUGGACAGGUUCCUGUCGGCUACGUUGUCCACGCCCGCCUCGCCGUAUUGCCUGGCGGCAGCCUGCAUGCUCAUUGCCUCAAAGCUGAGCGAGUGUGAGAACAUCACCUCGGAUGCCCUCUGCGCCGCCGCCGAGUACAACUUCCUGCCCGCCAAUCUUCGGGAGAUGGAGCGGGUGGUCCUGGCCACCCUGCGCUGGGACACGGCGGCCGUGACGCCCCAGGACUUCCUGCCGCACUUCCUGGCAUCACUUGAGGAGAGAAGCGGGCAGGACAGCGCCACCUUGAGGCGACACAGCGACACGCUGGCAGCCAUGUGCGCGUGCGACUCGCGCUUCCUCGGGGCGCCGCCCUCCCUGGUGGCUGCCGCUUCUCUCAACUGCGCUAUGCGGGGCCUGGGACACAGGGGGCGCUCUCGGCUCCACCUGCUCAGCUUGACGCUGGCCGAGCUGUGCCAGGCUGACCUGGUGGUGCUGCAGUACUACAGUGAGAUGAUCGAGCGCACCCUCCGCCAGCGCCUCAGCAGCGGGCCGGCAGACAAAGGCGACGAGCUCGAGGACGAAAGAGCCGGCACACCCACCGACAUGAGAGAAAUCGAUUUUUAAAGCCCAGUCGGUGGCCAAAUUGCAAGUGCAGACCAAUCAAAUGUUGUCGUCAUCAGUCAAACUGAUAUAAAUUAUGACCUCCACAAAGCAUAUUUUUAUAUAGUGAAGGGAAGAGCUAGUUGUGCUGUUAAUUUAUUUUUUCCAUUAUUUAUUUGCCAGACAUUUUAAAAAAUGUGUUCCUUGUGCCAUAUUAUAUCUAUUUCUAUUAAUUUUAUUGUAGGCCCGUUAUGUAUGUUUAUUCUUCUUUUCAUAUUUAUACCAUUUAUUUAUUUAUCUUGUGCAAUUGUUUACCUUUAAUGUUAAUUUAUUCAAUAUGCUAUACUUAUAAGUUGUUUUUACUGUACUGAACAAACUACUUAAAUGAAGAAAUCUAUUUUUGGAAACAAUU